UGCACUGGAGCUGAGCAAAAAUAACACUGUGUCAUAUUUCCCCAGCCCAAAGUGAUUUAAUGUUCAAUUGAGCAUGAAAAAGCCGAGUGGUUUUAUUUUGAUACACUCAUAACACACUUUCUCCCCCUCACUCCUUUCCUCCUUGUGUUUCUGCUUAUUUCUUUGUCUUUAAUUCUAUUUUUCUCUCUUUGGCUCAGCUUCUCUCACAUUUCUGCAUCAGAUCAGGCAGCGUUUGCCAAGGAUGUAGUCCAAGUGGUGUCGGUUGCAGCGGGACACACAGUGAUGGCCUCAGCUGCGCAGCUGUGCCGGUGAUCCUGCCGCUGCACGUAGGGAAGAAGCAGAGACGCCUUGACAACCGACCUACCUUCCUCUCUCAAAAAAAACAAAAAGACACAAAAAGAAGCAGAGAGAGGAAAAUAAUAUAAUCACACCAGCAUAAACAAAUGCGACCAUGUACAGCGUGGAGGACCUCCUCAUCUCUCAUGGAUACAAGCUGCCCAAGCACACCACCCCCUCCUCCACACCCACCCCAGCCCCCGCAUCCUCGACCCGCCAGGCUCCCUCGUCCUCACCGCCAUCCUACAGCAAGCACCAUGAAAUCCUGGAGAACAGGCCCGGCUCUAGGACAGUGAACGGCUACGAAAGAGGGCCCGGGGCGCCCUACGGGAAUGGUGCCGGAACCAGGCAGCCCCAAGCACACGGCAGCGGCUGCACCAACAACAAUAACGAACCCAGGGACAGGAGCCAGCCCAGGCGGGAGGGCGAGAGGAGCCAAACUGACACCCACUCGUUGGGAGAGUCGCUGACCUCAGACAGUGGGUUCUGCGACGGCACCAGAGGUCCACAGUCGCAGUCAAAGGACGUGUCCUACUGGAGGAGAAGAGGCCAGGACUUUACUGUGCUGCUGGAUUAUGCCGACUUCAGAGAGUCCCAUGGAGGAGGACAGGGGGGUUAUGGCAGACCAGAGGGGCCUCAGCAAGCAAGAGGCCAAGAGAUGUCUGCAGAGGAGCGUCAGAGGGCAGCUCAGGAGAGGCAGCGCUGGGCAGCCCAGGCCCAGGCUCAGGCUCAGGCCCAGGCCCAGGUCCAGGCUCAGGCCCGCUCUAGAGAGAGGGAGGCUGCUCUCCAUCAGUGGAAGAUGGCGACUGAGAGGAAAUGCCAGAGCUUGGGGACAGAUGAGUGGCGCCCAGCCGUGAGCUUUGGCCGCCAGCUGUCACAGAGUGAGGGUGAGCGUUGGGCACAGGAGCAGCAGCGGCUCCAUGCCAGGACACCAGAGGGCAUGGUAGUCCACCCCAGGACCAAAGCCAAAUCCCAGUCCCUGCCCAGGAUGUUGCAGCCUGAGAGCCUGCAGUAUGUGGACAUAGGCUCAUCCGGUCAGGAACUGUACAGGCGGGUCAACGGCCACCCACUGUCUCACCACGACCUUUACAGGGCGCCCCGCUGGCCGGAGAAUGGCAGGCCGGCUAGCGCAAACCAACUCUCAAUGACACCAAAGCCCCGCUUCACCCGACCACCCAGACCUCCCUCCUAUGAGAUGCACCAGCAGAUAAGGGGAAGCUGUGAGGUGCUGUCUGGGAGAGACUCAGUCAUUCCCCAGGCCAGGGACAGAACGCCGCUUCCCAUAUCAAGGCCAGGUGACUCCCAACUGGACUAUUAUGCUCCGGACUCUGGACCUCCAGGAUACAUCCCUCCGCCAUCAUAUAAGAGAGCUCCUAUAAUGGCAGGAGGACGCCGGGGAUAUGGUGAAAUUCCUUUGGACUACAGGUAUCGAGGGGAUGUGUACCAGCAGAUACAAGUGGCUCCUGAUGGGUCUCACUGGUUCAUCAGACAUCCAGCAGGUUCCUGGCCUGAUCCACAGAGAGAGAGGAGCUUGUCCUGCCAGAAGCAGCUUUACCCUGUGUAUACUACCCAUGAGCACCCAGGUGGAGGGGUCCAGUAUAUUCCCUUUGAUGACCCACGUAUCCGUCACAUUUCCUCAGCCCUGGGUGGCAACUCCCUGACGGACGCUGACAAGAUCCGCCACAUCCGCAAUGAGCUUCCCAGCGUCACCGUGUCGGAGCCCGCAUCCGACGACAGUGCCUUUUUGCCCCCACCACUGGGGCCUUUCAUCGCCACCAAACUGGCCGAUGAAGCUAAUAACCAGACGUCUUCUAGCGACUUUGACAAUGACAAUAACAGGUGGCACAGCGAUUUGCACAAAGAAACUGUCGAUAACUUCCCAGCAACUGACCAAAACUGCAACAACAGAUAUCCCAAAAACCAACGUCCUCCUCCAUCUCCCUCUUCAACCUUCCAGGCUCCAUUUACAAGAAGUUCCUCUCGUCAGGGGUCCAGCUCAGACCAGGUCUUUGCAGAAACCAUCACCCAAGUGAAGAAAAUUGCCCCGGAUACAGGGCCAGAGAACAACAGGAACACCAAGAGAAGAGUGAGUGAGACCAUCUUCUGCCUUGUGUCUGUCCCAGUUCACACACCGACUAACAUUAAUAAAGACUCAGCAGCAGACCAGAACAACAAUGAGACGAUACCAAGCCUGACUGUCACUAACACAGAGACCUUUGCUGUAGGCCUCAAAGAGAGCCAAAGCGUUCGCAGCAAGUCUGUGAACGAGAUGCCCAUCAAACCCCACUACUCUCAUUUUCACACCAGCAGCACAUCCUCAAUGAGGAAUUACAAGAGGGCCCCUUUAAGGAAGGAGAUAAUUGACGCCUGGGCACUCCAGGCCAGUGAAGACAAAGAGUUGUGCUACGCUGGGUCCUGGCCGGGGAACCAGUACCGUAAUCAGGAAACCCAGACUGGCUCUCCUUUGACGGUGGUAAAAAGCCCAGAACCCCAGAGUCCUCCUGGGGGACGGGAGCCUGUUCAGUCCGUCUCAGACACAACCACAGACAGUGGUGUGGGGACAGACACUAGUUCCUCUUAUGGUUACCCCAUGGCAGGCCAGAAAAACCUUCAUCGCUCCAGCAACAGCGCCUUCUCUCGUCUCAGCCUCAGCCCAACGCAACCGCCCUCACUACACCCCUUACUGCAACCCUCACAGCUAGCCCCAUCCUCCCCAUCCAAGGCCCAUGAUCAGGGAGAGCAGCAGCCGUCCUCUCCCAGGAAGAGCACCUCCACUCCCCCAGAGAGCGCAGAGCAAGUGGUCUUUGGACAGUUUCUCUUAAAGCCAGUGAACCGGCGACCAUGUGAUGCCAUUGGUGAACUGGAGAGCAUCAAUAAGGAGAUGGAAGACACGAUCAAGAAGAGACCCAAUGUGGAUCAGUGCACCGAUUAUCUCGAUGGGGUGAAUAAGAGUCUAGACCUGUUUAAAUCAGGAGCACAUUUCACUGCUGGUCCAGAACCAGGCAGGGAAGCAAUCAGUCUUCCACCAAUGCACAUAGAGAAACCCACCAAUAUGAAAGUCAGAUCAAAGUCCUUGGCUUCUACUGCUGAUCUAUACUCCAUGGACAUGAGGAGUGCUUUCUCCAGGCCACAGGCCAACAACAUGCCACCAACAAAUGAGCUAUCUGAACUCCCCAACGCAGGCCUCAGAGACAAUGGCCUCCUGUCCUCACUAUGUCCACACAAUGAGUCAAACCGGCUCUAUAGACAGGACAUCCCAGUCGCUCAAGAGUCCUUGCUGAGGGAUGUGGGGCUAACCGUAUACACAGAGACCCCUGGUGGUCCCGGGGAGCCAAUGCAGCGCUCACUCUCAGUCCCAUCUCCACUCAGUCAUAAAGAGCUUAGUCAGUCAGUGCAGCCCUCGUGGGAGAGUAGGACAGCACUUAAAAAUGGUGGUAGCCCAGAGCACAACUCAAAUAAAGAGCUUCAAGCUGAGGUGGAUACACAGAGCAAGGCUAAAUCAGACAGUGGUCCUCCUUUCAGGGGUGAGGUGAAUUUACGCAUCUGUAGAUCCAGGAGUGAAAGCAGCAGAUCACCUCAGAAAGAAGCUUCACCACGUAUUACAAGGCUGAGCAGGGAGGUUUCCUUUGUGUUUGAGGACAAUGAUGGAAAUGGGAGAUACGCCAUCUCUGAGCCUCUGACCUAUAGGAAUGAAUCAACAAUAGCAGAUAAGCAUCUGGAGAACUUGUUGAUUCAGGAGAAAGCCAAUGCUUUACCUGCAGAGGACCUCAGCAACCUGUAUGAGGUCAAAUGCGCAAAAGGUAUCCCUGAAAAUGAGUCCAUCGAGCAGAGGGCAGCACGGAUCCUGGGCAUAGCCGUUCCAGUGGAGGCAUUGGGUGUGGCUGACAACCAACAACCCGAGGACAACCAGGACGAAGCAGACGCCACUGUAGCUGAGAAACGACUGAGUCCAAGCGAAGAGACACAGCAGGUGAUAGGAGAGUGUGAGCAAGUCAAUGAGGAGUCCCAUGUUGUCCAAGGGACAGAGACAGAGGCGAUAGAGACAAGAUUAGGUGUGGACCAAGAAGAAGGUAACAGACAAAAGCACAGUAGUUACCACAGUGAUGGUGAAUACAUCCAGGAUGCUGAGACUCAGUCCGCCGUAGUACUGGACCUGCCUGAGUUCCCACCCAGUAAGCUUCUCCUCUCCCUGCCUGUCACUCCCGAUGAGAAGCUAGCACUGAGCAUGUGCAGCGGGGAGAAGAAGGGGCGAGGCGGGGCGUGCAAACUCAUCGAAUCCCUCCAAGAUAAGCUAAACUCUUCUGCCUCUUCAUGUGCUAUGUCUCCGGGAAGAUCAACCACAGACAGAAUGGCACGUCUGAAGGAGCUGGACUCGGUGUCUCGAAUCAGACGCCUCAGUCUCAAAGGUUCUGAGUCUGGAGGAGAAGCUGGUGCUGAGGAGAGAAAUGGAGACACAGAGGAGGGCGAGGUUGAAGAAGGAGCAAAGGAGGAAGUUGAGGGGAAGCUAGAUGAAGAAGAGGAGAAGAGACAGGAGGAAGAAGGAAGGGAUGAGGAGGAAAACCCAGAUGAACAUGAGAAUGCACAUGAAACACAUGAGAAGCUGGGAGAUCCCGAAGAAGACUGUAAACCUGAAGAAGUGAAUGAAGUGAUAUGUGAGGAAGAGCAAAGACAAGACGAGGAGGAAGGAGAGAUUCAUGUUGAGAUUGCCCUGAAAGUGGACAAUGAAGGGAGUGAAGAAGUCGAUGUUGAAUUAAAAACAGAAGAGCCAGAAGGAGAGGUGGAGCUGAAGAUAGUGGAGGAUGACAAAGAAAAGCCUGUGGAGGAGCUGAGAGAUGGACAGAACACAGAGGAGGUCAACAGAGCUGAAUCCACACAAGACGCUGAGGGAGAAAAGUUGCCCAAACCAAAGCAGCGCACCAGACUGCAGAAGCCUCCUCUGCUUCCUAAACCCCGCAGUGUUCCCAAGAGAGAAAUAACGCUGCCGCUCAGCUUCAGCUCUGGGACCUGCGGCCCCUCAAACAUGGAGGAUGAGGAGGUGCUCUCUGUCUCAGAUGCCUACGACCCCAGCCGGGUGGAGAGAGUGUAACCUCUGACACCGCCUUCACCACUGUGGAUAUCUGUCUUUCUCAAGUUAACAGCUUUUUCCAACAACAAAGGCUUUCAUCUCACCUCAUGGCUUUGUCAGCCAUGACCCCUCCAAUAUUGUUACACAUUACUCCUCACACAUCUGACUGUCCUGGUGCUGCGAGAGCAUUUUUACAGCCAAAUAAAGGCACCGGCGGUGCCAAUUCUCCAGGCCUUUUCAACCCUGUCGUCCUCGUCCUCCCAUUCUCUCCACUCCUCCAAAGUUUAUUUACUCAAGCAAGCGUACUUCCUCUUUUUGAAGUCAUCUUAUUUUGCUUUUGGAAAAAUGCAUGUCAUUAUUCCCAGUCUGCACUUGGGCUCCUUUUACGAGCUCGGGUGUUGAAAUAUGAAUGUAAAAGUGCUUCUGUUCAGCAAAACAAAAAGAAAUGUAACAGAAAAAAAACAAGAAGGCAACAUUAUUGCAUUACAAUCAGUAUUAACCUACACCAAAUGUAAAUAAGACAGAGUUAUAAGAUUUUAUUAAGAAUAUAAAAAAUCAAUUUACGACAUUUAAUUGCUGAAGAAAUGUAUAUUUUCUUAUCUAUGUUAAGAAAAGACUAGAUUUUUGGAAGUGUAGUCUUUGGGUGUAUUACUAAUAAUGAAACCCCCUGCUCUUUAUUCUUAUACUUGUGUGAUAGAGAAUGUACUCAGAGAGCUGGGAUUGCAAUGAGAAACACUGUGGUCCUUGAAUAGUUUCACUCUAGAGCAAUAUAGUUGUUGUACACGGGCGUCUGUGACACGAUUUGAGAAGUAAGUCUCCAUUUCAAGGAGCUGAUCUCAUUUAAACGUUUGCUUUGAAGCUCUGCUUUUUUGGUACAAGUGUUAGAUUUGCACUGCUGAGAUUAUUGGCUUUAUGCUACCGGCGAGCACCUGAUAAUCUCCUCAAAUACUCAGAGAUUACACUCGGAGGGGAAUCACGUUCGCACCCUCCCUCCGCUCUGGCGUCGUCAGUCUCAGCAUCGCCAAUCGCAACAUGUAUCAGAAACGUCUGAUGUUGGUGUUAUUUUUGUUAAUCCUCAUACUGUUCAAAAAGAAAAUCUAUAUUUUGUGGCAUUAACAGAAGUCUAUAUUUAACCGUGGGGUUUUCUUCGUUCAUAUCUUAGUUCCUGUGUGAUUUCAGAAGUGCUUCUUGCAGGAAAAUGAUAGAUGUAGCUAUAUUGAUCGCAGUGUGCCUUGUACACACUGUGUCUGUGGAGAACUUUGUUUGUGUGUGUAACACAUCCUGUAUUGUCGGUUUACAAUUCCUAAUUUAAACUGGACAUCUGGAAUUCAUUUUACUUUAACACACGAAAGACACGUUUGGAGUUGUUUUUGGCAAUAAUAAUAAAUAUUAAGCUAAUGAUGCUUAAUAUGGACGCUGUACAGAACAUAGCUGUUGGAAUACUAAUCACAGUAUCUGAACACGUUCACUAAUUUAAUGUUGACAUAUCAGUGCUUUGUAAAUUGUGGGCAUAACUGGCAGUUGGUUUACACUCACUUCACUUAAUGGGGUAGCAAUACAAUUAAAAACAUACCAAACCAAACUUUAUGCUAUGCAUUGGACAUCGAUAUUCACUGGGUUUAAGUACCAAAAUUCAAAGCUAAAACUGUAACUUCUGGUUUGCUUCUUUGACCCUGUCACUCUUCGAUCUGUAUUGUCGAGCUGUAUUUGAUGUUGAACCUGUUGGACGUGGUUAUGGACGUGCGUGGAGGCGGCUCCGACUCGAGUCCGCCAGCGGAAGCUCAGUCUGAGGUUUUUGUCUUUGUCCUGUUACCAACCCAGUUACCCGCACCUCUGUGUUCCAGGUAAUGUGUUAUCUGGUCAUUCUCGUAGGUCUUUUUGUACUGCAACUUCUUUGUAACAUAAUAUAGACUAUUGGUGCACAUCUUGCUUUGAUAUUUUCUAUUUUCAUACAGAAGUAUGUACAGCUUCUUUUGUAUGCGCAGCAUCUUUUUUUUUUUUUUUUUGUGCAUGAAAUGCGUAAGACUUCACAGAGAGAAGGUGUAUUUGCAUAUAAUUGCAUUUGGUACUAUAUAGUCUAUCCAAUAAACAAGUGUUAUAUUUCAUAUAAUGUAUAUUUUAUUUUCAAAAGUUAAGCUACAUAUUUAAACAGAACAAGGUAUUUUUAGAUUAUUGUGAAAAGGGAACUGUUUUUGAAGGCACAAUAUUUGUCUAUAUUUCCUGUGAUCAUUAAAAUGGUCAUAAAUAGAGACAAGUGUGUGCUGUUGUACAGUGCUGCAGACUAUUCAUAAAUAAAAGUCUUUGCAUGAAA